AUGGACAUCGGGAUGACAGCAGAUCUCCUUCACGGAGCAGAAGUCGCAGUAGAAGCUGGAGCAGAGGUCGCAGCGAUCAUCGAUAUCGAGAUAGAAGCUACACGCGAAGCCCAAGCCGCUCUCCUCCCCGAACGAAUUGUCGUGGAGAAAUUAACCAAGAAUGUGAAUGAAAAUCAUCUGCGCGAAAUUUUUGGGGUCUACGGAGAGAUCCAGAGCUUGGAAUUGCCGAUGAAUCCACAUUUUAUGACCAACCGCGGUACCGCGUAUAUUUUAUACCACGAAGUAGCAGAUGCAGAGGCAGCUAUAUCACAUAUGCACGAAGCACAACUUGACGGUGCUGUCCUCAAUGUCUCUAUUGUCCUACCACGCCGCACGUUUUCGCGCUCUCCUCCACCGGCUCGAAACAGGGGUGAUUUUGGGCGAUUCGACCGCCCUGCAUACGGAAGAGGUUAUGGUCGAGGCGGCUUAGACUCUGGAAGACCGCCACCGCCAGGAGGUCGAUAUCGCUCUCCGCCGCCCCGUCGUGGUUCCCCACGACGCUUUCCUGGCCCUCGCGGCAUGGAAAGACACGAUUUAUAUCGUCCUCGGUCACUUUCGAGAUCUCGCUCCCCACGCGGCCGCUCGCCUUCCUAUUCCCCGCGAUCUCGUUCCAGAACGCCACCACCCCGCAGAAGGCCUCAUAGGGAUAGCCCUCGUCGUCGUAGGAGACGGGACUCUAGUUACAGCAGCUACAGCGACCGUGGUCGGAGCCGGAGUCGAAGCUUGAGCCGAAGCAGAAGUCCUAGUCGAAGUCGCAGCCGUCAUGGUGGUGGAAGGUGGUAG